AGUGACCAGCCCAGGAGUGGUCAUGUGACAUCUUUCUAACAACUAGUCCAGGCAAGGCCUGGGCCUUCAGAGGCCCUGAUGCAUUUUCUGGGAGCAUGUGUGGCCCCUCCAGGUUUCUCUUUCCUGACUCUGUCCCAAGGGCCACCCUGCAAAUCCUGAUGGGGAGCCACCCCCAGGCACCCCCAUCAGGGCCUUUGCUGCUGGACCAAGCAUUACAGAUUGCACAGUCACAGGCGAGGCCAAUCUGUAGGACCUGGAAGCGUCAGACACACUGACAAGGGGGUUUGGAGGCCUGGGCUAGUCUCAGUAUAAAUAGCACAGGUCAGCAUAGCUCGGGGAUAAAAUUAGCUGCUGCCUCAGCCCUCCCUGCACCACUGCUGACUUGGGGUCAUCCUCAGGAGGAAAGGCAGCAUGGAAGAUACUGAACCCACAACCAGGACAUCCACCAAAAUUGCCAAGAAAACCUUCCUAGAGGCCCUGAAGGCCAAUGACUUUGGAAAGCUGAAGGCUCUUUUAAUCCAAAGGAAAAUUGAUGUGGAUACAGUGUUUGAAGUAGAGGAUGAGAACAUGGUCUUGGCAUCUUACAAACAAGGGUACUGGCUUCCUAACUACAAACUGAAGUCUUCUUGGGCCACGGGUCUGCAUUUGUCCGUCCUGUUUGGUCACAUUGAGAGCCUCUUGGUGUUGCUGGACCAUCAUGCUACUAUCAACUGUCGACCUAAUGGGAAGACCCCCCUCCAUGUGGCUUGUGAAGUGGCCAAUGUCGAAUGUGUCAAGAUCCUCUGUGAUCAUGGAGCAAAGCUCAAUGCCUACUCCUUGAGUGGCCACACAGCCUUACACCUGUGUACCAAGGAGAGCUCCAUAGUUUGUGCCAAGCAGCUGGUAUGGAGAGGUGCUAAUGUGAACAUGAAGACCAACAACGCGGACGAGGAGACGCCCCUGCACGCUGCGGUGCGCGGCGGCCUGCCUGAGCUGGCGGCCUUCUACGUGGAGCACGGCGCCCUGGUGGAUAGUGUCAAUGCGCACCUGGAGACUCCGCUGGCGCUGGCUGCCUACUGGGCGCUGCGAUUUAGGGAGCAGGUGUACAGCGCCCAGCACCACCUCGUCUGCCGCCUGCUGCUGGCGUCCAAGGCCCAGGUCAACGCACGCGACGAGGACUUCAAGGCGCCGCUGCACAAGGCGGCCUGGAACUGCGACGAGAACGCCAUGCAGCUGCUGCUGGAGGCAGGCGCCGAGGCCAACCUGAUGGACGUCAACGGCUGCGCCGCCAUCCAGUACGUGCUCAAGGUGACCCCGGUGCGCCCGACAGCCCGGCCUGCCCGCUGCUACCAGCUUCUGCUCAACCACGGGGCUGCCCGCAUCUACCCGCCCCAGUUCCACAAGGUGUUAGAGUCCUGCCACGCCUGCCCUCUAGCGGUUGAGGUGGUUGUCAAUGCCUAUGAGCACAUCGUGUGGACGCCCAAGUGGAAGAAGGCUAUUCCAGAGGAUAGCCUGCAGAGGCACUGGGACUUCUACCACUCUCUCUUCACCAUCUGCAGCAACACCCCGAGGUCCCUCAUGCACCUGGCCAGGUGUGCAGUGCGGAGGAUCCUGCUCAGCAGAUGCCACAAGAUCAUCCCACUCCUGCCCUUGCCUUUGCCUUUGAAGAACUACCUGCUUCUUGAGCCUGAGGGGAUCAUCUACUGAGCCUCCUUCACCAGCUCCUGAGCCCAGGAUACGCAGGGAGGCCAAGACACACACUGGGAGGCUGGCCGUCCUCUGGAAGAAGGGCUGCAAUGUUCUGCUCUGCCGCAGAGCAGCAUGGAAACUUGCCAGGAGGCCAGUUUGGCUCCCAGAGAUGAGAGUGAUCCCAAAGUGGAAGGCACUGCCUUGGGAGGUCCUAGAUCAGGCUGAACAACCAAUUGUUGGCUGGGCGCAUCAUAGGGAGGACUCCUUUCCUGUAGGGGCUGGACUAGGGGGCUGCUGAGGUCCCUUCCAGGUUCUGGGAUUCUGUCUCUGGGAGGCAGUGGUUUGAAUAAAUGCCAUGGUCCUCAUUCUGAGUGGAAUGAACACCAUACUUCAGGGAUUUCAAAGCAGUUAAUACAAGAGGGUGUUAAUGGCACGCCUGGACCUUGGCGAGAUAAAGAAGGCAGGACAUAGAGUUCUCGGAGGCGAGCAGAGAUCAGAAUCCUCCCCUAAGGUCUCUCAGGGGCAGGUCGAUGGCCUUGCCAAAUGGUUCAUUCUUUGCCCUUGUCAAUAAUGAGAUUAUGUUGUAG